UGCAGCAGAAAGAUGGCGGCGCCCGUGCUGUGCAGGACGACAGCGUCACUGUGCAGGACUUUAAUUCGCAACUCUUCCAGAAAACAAGCGAUUCCCGCGAGCCUUGCCAACGGACUUCUUGUACAGAGCGCAUCCUACAACCCGAAACCUUUGAAAGUCAAUAUCCGCCACCCGUAUAUCCCGGACAAGGACAGCGAAGACACCCCGGAGUGGCAGAAGACCAGGCGCUAUGACAGGAAGCUGUUCGCUCGGUACGGCUCGGCGUCCGGAGUCGAGCCUGCCUCGCUGUGGCCCAGCCACGAAGAACUGGACCAGCUCAUCGAAGAGGAGAACCAGUGGCAUCCUCCGCUGGAGGUGAUGCUGAAGAACAUCGCCGCCAAGGAGCGGGAGGAAGCUCAAGCUCGCCUGGCGAAGGAGAAGCUUAUCGCCGCCAACAUGGCCAAGAUGCCCAAGAUGGUUGCUGACUGGCGGCGGGACAAGCGCGAGAGCAAACUGAAGCAGAAAGAGGAGAAGGCUCGGCGGGCCAAGUUGGUGGCCGAGGCCAAGGAGCGCUUUGGCACGGCCGUGGACCCGCGCAGCCCCAAGUUUCUGGAAAUGGUGGCUGAGAUUGAGAAGGAGGAGAAGAAGAAGAAGAAACUGAUGAAGCGCAGACUGAAAGAAGAGCAGGCAGCAGCAGAGGCCGCGGUCUCGCCGCCUGCUGCCUCCUCGUAGUCUUGGACAGACUUGCACACGUAAUUAACCAUCAGAUCUUGGCCUGAGUCUGUGUUUAAUAAGGCAAGUUCCGGCUUCGCUCAGCGCCAUCUGGACUCAACAUCUAGUUUGUUGGACCUGAACACCUCGGCUCAUAUCCGUUUCUACACGAUUCCUUGGUGAAUAAAUGUACAGAAGGCCUCAAGUCUUCUCAACAGACAUAAAUACCUUGGUUUAUUUACGAAAACAUCAGCCACUGACCCAAAAUACAUCUGAACAUUGGCAAAUAAACACAAAUAUUUCGUUGGAUGAAUUGUAAACAGUUUUGUGCUUCAAGCUGAGAUCGAAGUUUAGCCUCCGACUUGGUCCUUUAAAACCGCUCCACUGUAAAAUGGUUCUACACGAGUUGAUCAUCAUGUAAAAUGUCCCCUAAAACAGAAUUCAAUUUUCUAUCGUGACACUUCCUACUUGGCUUCCUGUUAAAUGUUCCUCUCUAAAAACAUUGCCAGCAGUUCAUCUGGAUCACAUCCCAGGUCACCAGCAGAGGACACGCACCCAAGCAAGUGGAAAUCCCCGGCGUUGACUUGCUGAAAAGGAACCAGAUAGCAAGUCUACGUGUGCGCAGCGUCCAGCGGCUCCUCGUCGCCGGGGUCGGCCUUCAGCUUGGCCAGCGCCGCGUGAAUCCUGAAGCGCGUCCGGGAUUCCAUGGAGUACUCUUUGUAGUGUCUUGAGGAGGAAACGGAGAAGGUUGGUGACAGCUCCACGGAGCGCCAGGUGAGGGCAGCAGAACUCACUUGGCCUUGUGCAGG